GUAAAGCUCCGACUCACAAGAGUGGAGAGCAAUCCGUUUCCGUCAAGGGCACAGGGUUUAGCCUGCGGCCUGUCUUCCUCCAAAUCAUUGGGUGUUUUGCUGGAUUCAGCAAAAUAGUUUUGAGCUUUCAGUUGGAUUUACGAUUCUCUAUUUGGCUAUAUAUUUUUUGCACAUCUUAAAGAGAAGUCAUUACCUGCUAACACUUGAGAGAACUGCUAGAGCGCUCAGGGGCACUCCUUUGAUUUCAAUGAGUAGAGUUAACCAAGCACUAUUCCUACUUGGGAGACAGUUGCAUACACUAUCACAUGAUGGCCCAACAGAAAGUCUGAAGAGAAGGAUUACUGAAUUGGAGAAGAAGAGGAGAAGGAAGUAUCCUAAGAAGGAUCAAGUAUUUGUAGAGGUUCCAGAGCCAAAAACAUGGCUUGACACUGCAACCAUUCCAAUGUAUCUCACUGUAGCUGGAAUUGCACUCUUUGCCAAGCUUCUCAUGAUGUAUGAUGAAUCAAGAUCCCAAGAGUUGAUUGAGCGCAAAAUAAAAAAUGCUCCAGAAGGUCAAGGCUCAGUGAGGAUGAUUACUCGCGAGGAGUGGGAGGAAUUUCGAGAAUUACGUCCAAGGACCCCUUUUGAGUCCAAGCUUGCUCGUCCAGAUGCAAAAAUUAGAACUGGAGAACCAUUGCAAAUGGAGGACGUGAAGAAUUGGACAAUUGAUAUUCUAACAGAUGCACUCACCCGGGCUGAAGAAACUGCUAAACAUGGUUCUCAAUAGACAAUAGUCAAAGAGAUCUCGCUUGUCUCUUCCUUUCAUUUUUAUCGCCAUGCUUACUUUGCAAAUUCGGAAACAAUAAAAUGUAUGCUAAUAUCUGGUUUUGAAAAUAUUAGGCUACUGGAAUCCAUGCAACUGACGUUAAGCUGCUUAGAGAUGGCAUUUUUUUUUUGUUGGUAAUCGAGAAUGACACUAGACAAGUUUGCACUUUGGACA